UAAAUGGAAACUCAAGAAAAAUCAACUACAGAUAAUGACAUGUGGAUCAAGAAGCUGCUUUGGGCAAGAAAUGAGUCUGAGUUCAUUAGUAAGGAGAAUAAAUGGCAGAAGAGAUUCCCUAAAAGUGAUUUCUCAAUUAAUCCUACUAGAAUGGAGAAGAUCACAGAUAAGCCAAACCACAUCACUCCUUCUGUGCCUUACAAGGUGUCUAAGGAAACCAACACUCUCGAUGAUCCUGUCGACAGAGCCUUUAAGUUAGACUCUAUGAGAAGGAAAAUCCAGACUAGAGGGAUGGUCCCCAGGCAGAAAUACGUUCUUCCACAGACCAGUGCUCAUGAGAUUGGCUGGCAUACCGGCCCUGCUGAGACAACUAAGCAGAAGCAUAGCCAAUGGAACAAGAAGAGAACUGAGACCCACAUCACCCAAUUUGCUGAUGAAUAUGUGAGAAUGAAAGCUAUAAACCCUUUCAAAGUUAGGAAUAGAGACGAAUAA